CCGGUUGGUGACAGGUCGCGCGGGAGAACGUGUUUCUGAGGUAAAUUAAGUGCGUUUUCGGUUCGAAUCGAUCCACAUCAAACUCGGUUUAAAGGCGAUGGACGUGUCAAAAGAAACGGACUACAGACAUUUCGAGAGAAAGGAAUGCUUCCACUACCUCACUAACGUUCCUCAAAGCCAAGAGUCAGGACGCUGCAGUGAGGUGAAUAUCUUGGUUGUCAGUGAGGUCACCACCAAAUCUGUCUCUAUGAAACUGCGACGAGCCUCAGUGCAGAGAGGUCGAUGUCAACAGCGAGACGAUGUGAAGUUCUUCAGAGCAGGAGAGAGCAGAAGGGUUCCAAAGCGAGGAACCCUUGAGACGAACGCUGCUUCCACCUGCUCUGAGAUCAGCGCUGUGCUGUUGAAUGACACUGGCUCUAGCCAGUCAGAUGACGAGUGUAUCGACCUCACUGUUGUCGACAGUAGAAAAGCAGACCAUGGGCCUUUGAUUUGCGAUCUGACAAAACGACCGUUGAAGAAGAGAAGAGAAGGUGAGAGGCAGCCUUCAGAGUUUAUUGAAUGUAAAGAAAACUCGGAUGUGACGGUUCAGAAGAUCUCCCUGGCUCCAGGCGCGAUGGCUGAAGACACUCUUGGGAAACUCAGAUUGGUGUCUAACACCUCUAGAAGCCCUGCUGCUUCUCGUGGAGGAAGCGUUGAUGAAUGUGGUUCUGCAUUGGAUAAUUCCAAUACUGAUUGGUUUGUGGAGUCCGGUCCCAGCUCUCCCCACAUCGCUGUUAAUACUGUAAAGUUCUGCAGAGAAUGCGAGAGUCUUUUCGCCAGGAUGAGAAGACAGCCGCCACCUAAAACGAAAAGCCGUGACAAGAAUCCGACAUCUUUAUCUUGUGAUCAGUGGGUUCUUCUCAAGAAGUGGCACCCUCAGAAACAUCGUCAUAAGGAGAGGGGAAUACUGUGGAGAAGCCUGUCUCAGAUCAGGAAGCUGGCGUCACAAUGCUCAGAUUCAGUAGCAACAAACAGAACUCCGGCAGUCUGUUCAAGACCUCAUGUGUUUCAGCAGAGGAAUUUGCGUCGUUGCAAGUAUUUGACCUCGAUUGAGAAAGAUUCAUCCUUGAGCAAAACAAAGUCACAACAUCGAAAGAGACCACGAUAUGUGGCCUGGCCGCCCAUUGGUGGGCAAAAACGAAGGAAAAGGAAGACUUCCAUGAACAACACAUUAUCCCAGGACCUUUCUCCACCCAAACAUGGCAUCAGUGUGGCACACGAAGACAAACUACUCCUACAUGAUGACAUUUCAAGUUUAAAUGCAGAUGCCAAGCUGAACUACAACAAACAGAAAGAGAACGAUGUCCGCGGCAAGUUGGACAUGCAUGAAGUGUCUGGUGCCAUGGAGGGAACGCGGCGGGCACUGAAGUUUGAUGACACGUUAGAAGCUGAUGCCGUGGAAACUGCUGAACAGAAGCAGGGCCCUGGGCAACAGAUUGGUGAAAGCCAGAAUGGUUCCCGGACCAAGGACUUGAAUAGGCUGCAGGAAGAGUUUUCUGAAGAGUCUGAUGGUUUCAGGACACCGACAGAUCUGUUCAGCGUGAAGCCGAUGAUUACAAGAGCGAGCCAAAAGAGAGAGUUGGCCUCUGCUGAUGCCAAGACUACUGUACAGAGGCCAAACUUCAGAUCCAUGUUAGCCACACUGGUGAAGAAUCAGAACCAGAUUAUUAAAGAAUCCUGCCAAUAGGUCUUCUGAAGCCUACAAGUGAUUGUUAGUCAUUUUAUUUAAGUAAAGAGACUUGUUUUCUUUCUAUCUGUUAAUUGUUUAAAUGAAGAGAUCUGUUCUCUGAAACAUUUUCAGCAUGUUUUCUGCUAAUAUUUAUUUUACUGUGCCUUUAUUUGUGUUCUGCAAUUGCAUUUGCAUCAGAAAAUAAAUCUUGCAUUGA